AAGUUCAUCUUCCUGCAUACUAUACAUGUGUGGACCCUUUAUCUUCUCACGCUGCCGGGGUUUUAUUGACUAGCGUAAAAUGCGAGAUGAUAUAGAAACACGUGAAUCCAUGUGUUUAAUGUCACAAAUGUGUGUUCAAAAGGAAGUAUUUAAUUAUUACAUUUUCUAUUUGGUAUUCUCAUACCUUAAAUGUGUAUUUUUCUCUGUAUGUCAAUGGUAUAACUGCAGGAUACCACAAUGGCAGAGCACAACUACAGACGCCUUGCUGCCAUUGUCAUAUCGUUUGCUGUCUUUGCAAUAAGCCUUGUGUUCAAUGUGCUGUCUGUGUUUGCAGUGGGUCCUUAUACAACCACUACAGCCAAUGUGUCGGCUGUAUAUGACACAGAGCUCACUCCUUCAGGGUGGACCUUCUCCAUCUGGGGUCUCAUCUACAUCUGGCUGGCAGCAAUGAUGCUCUACGUUGUUUCUGGUAUUUUCAGAAGUAAUGGUUAUGGAUACGUCUACGCCGGCCCUGCAGGGUUGCCGUAUGGUUUCUUCAUCAGCUGGUGUCUCAAUCAAGGAUUUAAUAUCUCCUGGCUUCUUGUUUGGGACAGAGGACUGAUGAUUCCUGCUCUUAUUUUCCUCAUCCUGAUCAUCUGUACAAACUACAGCAUGGUUGGCUUCAUCUGCCACAGACUUCACAUUUAUGGACCCUGGCUAAAAAGUACAAUUGAAAAAGAUCUGUGGCUCCUGCGGGUGUUGGUUCUGAAUGGUGUGAUGAUCUACACAUCAUGGACAACCAUUGCAACGCUCCUCAACCUGACUAUAGUGCUAAAAUAUGAAGCCAACAUGUCCUCAGCAGACUCAGCCACCAUCUCCUACUCUCUUCUAACUGUGGUUCUGCUUUCAUGGUUUGUUGUCGAAAACUUUGUCCUGGACAAGCACAUGCGGUACGUUUUUAUUCCCUACGUUGUUGUGAUCUGGGCUUUGUCUGGAAACCUGACCAAGAAUUAUGACGCCUCCUCACCCAGCCGCAAUGGCAUCUUUAUUGCUGUCCUGCUGGCUGUUUCCUGUGUGCUGCUCGCCAUCCGGAUUGUUUUGGUGGUUUGGAGAAACACCAAACAGCCACUCUAUAAAAAUGCCAGUCCUGAAGCCUUGGAUGUACCAGAAAUUACUGAGAGGCAGAAAAAAAUAUUUCGCUAAGCCUUUUUAUGUCAUAUCCUAUUGCAGGAAUACAUUUCUGUAUUUUUUUUUUCUAUUUAAAUUAGAUAGGCUAUUUCUAUGUAAAUUCUGCCACAUUAACAUUCGCUCCAGUAUAUUUUUCUGCUAUUCUUCUCAGCUUUGACUGCCUGAACUAUGAAUA